UUUUAGAAACCGAGACAUGGUAGUGGGGGCAUUUGACAUGUCACGGUUUCGGUGUCACUGUUUAUCAACGGGAGCAGGAGCACGCCAAAAAAUGCUUUAAGUGAUCUGUGAUUUAUCUGUUUAUUAUAUGGCCACGCAUAGUUAAAUUACGGCAUCGAGAUACAUACACAUAAUAUUACAGUAUAAAGUUUAUAAAAAUGGCAAAUAAACAUGAUGGUAAAAAAGCCUUAGUCUUACCAAUUUCUGAAUUAAACGAUAGUUUCCAAAAUAAUUCAAUUUCGACAGAGAAUCCAAAUACUUCACAAGUAUUUUAUAACAGUGAAAGCAGUGUCCUAACAAAUCAAAGAAUUUUCCAUAAUACUGGUGAACAUGAAGUAUACAAAAGAAUUAGAAGAAGACCAAGGAAAAAGAAAAAUAAAGACGAACUUGAUGAAGGGAAUACCUCUAUGCAUUCAGUUUCCUCAAAUAGCAGUGUUUCAGCUUCACCAUUAAAAACGAUAGUAGUGCAUCAAACUAGAAAGACUUUAAAAAAUAAUUUAUGCCAGGACUUUUAUAUGCAAGAAGCUUCAACUAGUAACACUAUACAAGUUAGAUCAGCUAGAUUAGGAUUAUCAUGCGGCUUUUCAAUAAAACCAGCUAAUAUGAAUAAAAAAGGUGCUUUUUUUCGAACAAGAACUAUUGCAAAAUUCAUUAAUUUACAGUCUUUCCUAAAUACAAACCCUUGCUAUAUAUUUGAAUCUAGGAUAUAUAUUGAAGGAAAGUUGAAUCCUAAAAAAUAUAAACAAAAACUAGACAAAAUACAUAUUAGAAAAUAUCCUAAAAAUGAUCUAAGAAGACAAGGAAAAAAGAAAUCAUUAGAAAAAAAUGAAGAAUUUUCAGAAUACUUCAGUGAAAAAGAUGUGUCUAUAGGUUUAUCAAAUGGCAGUUUAAUAAAAGGUUUUAUUAGGAUUAAUCCCAAAAAUUUUCGCGAGUCUUAUGUUAGUAACGACGAUACAAGUAUCCCAGAUUAUAUUAUAUUAUCAGUAACUGAUAGAAACCGAGCAUUAGAAGGUGAUGAGGUUAUUUUACAAAUCAAACCAAAAGAAGAAUGGAUUGGAGAAAAUAAGGAAAAUAAGACAGCCAGAGUGGUGUACAUAAAAGAAAAGAUACAUCCUAGGAAAGUGGUUGGUACCUUAAAAUCCAUUGAUCCCAAGGAUGGAAACUAUGCUAUUUUAGCACCCAGAGAUAAAAGAUUUCCAGUUAUGCAUAUAUCUGAGUUAAGUUGGCCAAAUAACUUUAAAAAAAACCCUAAAGACUUUGAUAAAAUUCUAUUUGUUGCCGAAUUAUUAGACUGGAAUGUUCCGGAAUAUGCUAUUGGUACAAUUAUUGAAAAACUAGGAGAGUCGGGAAAUCUUAAGGUAGAAGCUAUGUCUAUACUUAAAGAAUUUAAUUUAGAUACGACACCAUUUAGUGACAAUUUAAAAGAUAAUGUAAAAAUGUUUAAGUCGAUACCAGAAAGUGAAUUUCAGUAUCGUGAAGAUAUAAGAAAAAAAUGCAUCUUUACUAUAGAUCCUAGUACAGCAAGAGAUCUUGAUGAUGCUGUAUCAGUAGAAGUUCUAGGUAAUGGAAACUAUGAAGUUGGAGUUCACAUUUCUGACGCGUCUUUUUUUCUUGACGAAGGCAGUGAACUAGAUCAAAUUGUUAGUAAAAAGGCUACUACUAUUUAUCUUGUUGAUAUUGUUUAUCACAUGUUGCCUCAAGAAAUGUGUCUCGGUUGUUCUUUGUUACCAGGUGAAGAUAAAUUGUCAUUUUCUGUUUUCUGGGAAAUGACACCAAAAGCCGAAUUGUUGAAUACACGAUUCGUAAGAACUGUAAUGAAUUCUUGUGCUAAACUGGCUUAUGAACAUGCUCAAAUGAUUAUUGAAAAUCCAAAUAAAGAGUUUACCUCUUUAGACUUUCCUCAACUUUACAACGGUUUUGAUACUAAAGAUAUAGUGACAACUAUUAACGUAUUACAGAGUUUAGCAAUAAUCUUACGAGAAAAUAGAUUCAAGAAUGGUGCUUUAAGAAUAGAUAAUCUAAAAUUAUGUUUUGAAUUAAAUUCUGAGACUGGUGACCCUUUGGACUAUUCCGUUUACCAAAGUCAAGAUUCGCAUAGAUUAAUUGAAGAAUUUAUGCUAUUAGCUAAUAUUUCCGUAGCUCAAAAGAUAAAUGAAAGUUUCCCAGAAUUAGCUUUUUUGAGAUGCCAUCAGCCACCGAAAGAAAAUAUGCUAGUUAAUCUUCAAAAUAAAUUAGCUAUGUAUGGUAUUCACUUAAAUAUAUCAUCUGCAGGAGAAAUUCAGGCUUCUUUGAAAAAAUAUCAUACUGAAGAUUAUCCAGGAUAUAGCAGAGGUAUAGCACUCAGUCAUUUGAUUUCCAAAGCAAUGACAAGAGCUAGAUAUUUUUGCGCGGCUACUGUAGAAACGCCAACACAAUUUAAUCACUAUGCUUUAAGUGUUCCAAUUUAUACCCAUUUUACUUCUCCAAUUCGAAGGUAUGCAGAUAUUAUGGUCCACCGAUUAUUAGCCGCUAGCCUGAAUUAUCGAGAACAACCUGAGUGGGAUAUUGAAUAUAUUGAGAAUAUUGCGAAAAACUGUAACACACAGAAAUAUCAGGCUAAAAAGGCACAAGAUGCUAGUAUAGAUCUAUAUCUAGUUCAUUACAUUGAGAAUCAUCAACCUUUCACACAAGACUGCGUGGUUGUUGAUGUUAAAGAAAAGAAAUUUGAUAUUAUUGUUUUAAAAACUGGAAGUGUUGUAAGGAUGUACCAAAAUAAUUGUGAAAGCGGUACAACUUGGAAGUAUGAAACAAACAAAUUGACCAUUACGUUUCCAAAGCGAAGAAAUUUCGAAAAAGUAAGCAUAAUUGUUGAACUUCUUACUGUCGUAAAGGUGAAUUUAAGGAAGAAAGAUUCGUGUCAUUUAGAGGGAACUUUAAUGAGGCCUGAGGUACAUGUAGUGCUUAAUAAAAAGGGAAAGAGGUAGAAUAAGAUAUGAAAAUUACAUUUCAUGUUUUUUUUUUAUAUAAAUAUUGUAAAAAACAAUUUAACCCUUUUAUAAUGUUCAUUUAAAAUUCUGAUAAUAAAAAUGCUAGAU